AUGGAUGUAAGUUGGAAUGGAGAUUUACUUAUAAUUUUUUUUUUGUAUAACACAUUCUUCAUUUCCUUUGUCCCGCAGGUGAUUCCAAGAUGUAAAUUUGUGUUGGUAAAAUUUGACACUCAGUAUCCUUAUGGAGAAAAACAUGAUGAAUUCAAACAAUUGGCUGAAAGUUCGUCUUCUAGUAAAGAACUUCUAGUGGCUGAUGUUGGGAUUUCAGAUUAUGGAGAUAAGCUAAACAUGGAGCUAGGGGAUAAAUACAAGCUGGAUAAAGAAAACUACCCUUAUUUCUACCUUUUUAAGGAUGGCAAAAUUGACAAUCCUACACCCUACACCGGAGUGGUCAAGGCUAGUGCCAUCCAGCAUUGGUUGAAGACCUAUGGGGUAUACUUAGGGAUGCCAGGAUGCCUUGAGGAAUAUGAUAAACUGGCAGGAGAAUUCAUCAAGUCAUCCAGUAUUGAAGAGAGAAGUGAAUUGCUAAAGAAAGGUCAGGCAAUGCUGGCAGAUGUUGGAGAAGUGGAAAAAAAGUCUGCAGAGCAAUAUCUCAAGAUCAUGAGUAAAAUCAUUGAUCAGGGGGAGGACUUUGCCAGCAGCGAGUUUGAGCGUAUUACGAAACUGAUUGAGAAGAACAAAAUGAGUGAAUCCAAGAAGGAGGAUCUCCAGAAAAGACUUAACAUUAUUAGUAGCUUCCAGAUAAAAAGUCAAGAGAAGGAGGAACUUUGA